AUGAGCUACGAAGACACCAACAACUAUACAGACCCAAUAUCACAACAGGAAGCUCAACAAUUCGCGGACAAAGAUAUUCUUGUUGAAAGAUUGAUUGGUACUUUGAAAGAAGUACUACCAGAACCUCCUUUACGGAAUCAACCAUUACAAACAGAGUUUGCGGAAGCUACAUUGAAAAGAUCCAAAAGAAAAUCAAAGUUUACAAGAGAACAGGAUGAAAUGAUUGUUGACCUCAAAAGCAAAGGGAAGUCAUGGAUUGAUAUUGCACAAAUCACGGGAGUAGGAAGUUUUUUAGCUGCACGGAAUAGAUACCAAGUACUUAUUGGACAACAAGGUGUUGGAUCUUCAGUUUGGGGUACUGUUGAUUCUCAAAAUUUGCAAAAUCUCGUUGAUGAAGGUGAACUUGAGAAAUGGAGAUUCAUUGCAAGGGAAAUGUAUAAGUUGACAGGUAAAUCUUUCACAGAUGCCCAAUGUCGUGAACUAAUCCGUGAAUUGUUUCUUGAAGAUCCAACUGAAUUUGGGGUUAACGAAGAAUCUGUUAGUGAGUAUGUUAAUUCCAAAGAGCCAAUACCUGCACACAUUCAAACUCAUAAUGAAAUUCCAAACCCAAUCCAUGUUCAGCAACAUCAUAUACCAGAUCAAAAUCAAACCAUGCUUUAUCACCACCAGCAUCAGCAUCAUCAAGACAUGCAUCAUGACCCAAACCAGAACCAUGGUGGAUAUAAUGGGUAUUGA